AUGGGCAUCGCCGACUUUGCAGACAAGGACGGCUCGUUCAAGAGACAGGUCUCUUCGUUUAGAGAAACGAUUUCGCCAAACCACCCGGUUUACAAGCCCGAGAAGGGCCGGUACUGGCUCUACGUGUCGCUAGCGUGCCCCUGGGCGCACCGGACGUUGAUCACGCGUGUGCUCAAGGGCUUGACGUCCGUCAUUGGCGUUAGCGUUGUGCAUUGGCACAUGGACGACAAGGGCUGGCGAUUCUUGCCGUAUGAGAAGGGUCAGGAGGCUCCAAAUCAACCCUUCACGCCAGCUGCUGGGCUCAAGAGCGAGAACAAGCUUGUGGUUAGUUCGGGCGUCGCGAACGACUCGCUACGGUACGAUGUGGAUGGGACAAUUGACCACAAUUACCAUUUCAACAGGAUCUCGGAGAUUUACUUCAAGAGCGAGCCGGAGUACAAUGCCCGGUUCACGGUGCCCGUUUUAUGGGACUUGAAGACGCAGACGAUUGUGAACAACGAGAGUUCUGAGAUCAUCCGGAUCUUCAACAGCGGAGUUUUCGACGCGGUGGCCGAUGCGCACGAGCCGAUCGACUUGGUGCCCAAGGAAUUGGAAUCUGCGAUCGAUGAGAUCAACUCAUGGGUGUACGACACGAUCAACAACGGCGUGUACAAGGCCGGGUUUGCAGAGAAGCAGGAUGUGUACGAGAAGGAGGUGCAGAGCGUGUUUCAAGGUUUGGAUAAGGUCGAGGCGAUUUUAAAGGCCAAUUCAGAGAAGAAAUUGAAGACGGAGUCUUCAAUUUCGACUUCGUCGAAUUCGAAGAAUUCGCUCUAUCUUGUGGGCGACCAGUUGACUGAGGCCGACGUGAGACUGUACCCUACGAUUGUGCGGUUUGAUCCGGUGUACGUGCAGCAUUUCAAGACGAACUUGACUACGAUCCGGGACGGGUACCCGUACAUCCACUUGUGGUUGCGGAACUUGUACUGGAACUACCCAGCGUUCCGGGAGACGACGAACUUUAACCACAUCAAGUGGCACUACACGCGGUCGCACGGGAAGAUCAAUCCGUUGGGGUUGACGCCGUUGGGGCCAUCGCCGUGUGUACUUCCACUUCCUGAGUAG